AAAAAUAAAAAAUCAAUUGAGAAAAAAAAAAUUAUCUAAAAGUACAUGAAAAUAAAUACUUUUUUGUUCUUAAGAGAGGCUUCUUCUUUCUCAUAUCUAACUCUAACCCACUUAAACGCUAGCCUCUAUACAUUGCCAGCAAAGCCGCUUCAGCCACCGCGAGCGUCUCUGAACGUCAUGACCGCAAGACGCAUUGUCGCCGGAGACCUGUGCCGACGGGACACCAUCUUCACCACUGGUUCGCAAAAACACCGCGAGCGCUGCCAUGGAAACCCAAAAACCCACGCCGCCGGGGUUUUGGGCGAAUUUCUGUGAGUGCGACAUUGGAGGUUGGUGAAGGGAGGGUUGAGGAGAGAAGCGAAGCAUAAUUGUGAGGACGGGAGGUGCGAAGGCUUCGGUUCAAGGGUUUUACUAGGAGAAACUUCUAACUAGGUGACUUGGUAUUUGUGUACAGGUUUAAGUGUGGAUAAUUGUGAUCAUUAUAUUCAUCUCUUGGAGUAGAUAAUGUGAGAUGGAUCGGAACAUGGUUUUAUGGAACAUGGAACAUGGUUGGUAAAAUGUCACUCUUGAAACCAAAGCACCUUUUCUCCCUUACAGGUUUUGUAACAGUGGCAACCAUAUCCAGCACCACCAUCUCUCACCGUUUUCCGUGUCUUGAAAUCCCAGCUCCUUCAUCCUCUCCCAAACCUAAACAUCCACAACACUUGCUCUCUCUUCUUCUCAAACAUCCUUCUCAACCCCAAAUUCUGCAACAAGUUCACUGUUACAUUAUCACUUCUGGUCUCUUUCAGUACCCUUUUCACAACACCUCCACUUGUUUACUCCUCUUGAACAACGUCAUCCGCUGUUACUCCCGUGGCCCUUCCCCUCAUCUAGCUCUUCACUUCUUUAGGUAUACCCAACACUCCCACACUUUCUUCACAUACCCUUCCCUUGACACCUUCUCUUUUGCCUUUCUUUCCCACGCUUCUGCUAAUCCAAACUGCACUCGCUUUGGGACUCAACUCCACGCCCUCGUUUUCAAGGUUGGGUUUCAGUUUCAUAUGUAUGUGCAAACUGGGCUGUUGCAAAUGUACUCAAGUUGGGGUCUUUUAGUUGAAGCUGCACAAGUGUUCUACCAAAUGCUGCACAGAAGCUUAGUUACUUGGAAUGUUUUUAUCACUGGUUUGAUUAGAUGGGGUGAGGUUGAACUUGCACUUUCUGUGUUUAAUCAGAUGCCUUCUCGGAGUGUAGUGUCAUGGACCCUUGUUAUUGAUGGAUACACACGCAGGAAUCAGCCCAUGAAAGCUUUAACUUUGUUUAGGGAAAUGAUCCAAGUUGAUGGUAUAGAACCUACUCAAGUUACUCUUUUGACCAUUUUUCCUGCUAUUGCAAACAUUGGGUGCAUUAAGAUAUGUCAAUCAGCUCAUGGAUAUGCAGAGAAGAGAGGGUUCAAUUCCUCUGACAUACGCAUUACCAAUGCAUUAAUUGACUUGUAUGCAAAGUGUGGAUGUAUAGAAAGUGUGAAUAGAUUCUUGCAGGAGUUACCUGAUCAGAGGAAGAAUUUGGUAUCGUGGACUUCAGCUAUAUCUGGUUUUGCAAUGAAUGGGAUGGGGAGGGAAGCUCUAGAGAGUUUUGAAAACAUGGAGAAGGCUGGGCUUAGUCCGAAUCGUGUGACAUUCCUUAGUGUUUUAUGUGCCUGUAGUCAUGGAGGAUUGGUUCAAGAAGGCCUCGAUUUUUUUGUUAAAAUGGUAAAGGAUUGUAAACUAGUGCCAGAUAUCAAGCACUACGGUUGUGUGAUAGAUAUGCUGGGGAGGGCUGGUAGGUUAGAAGAAGCUGAAAAGGUUGCUUUACAGGUACCUCAUGAGGUUGCCAAUGCUGUAAUGUGGAGAACUUUGUUGGGUGCUUGUAAUGUUCAUAAUAAUGUUGAAAUUGGUCAGAGGGUGAUCAGGAAAGUACUAGAGAUGGAGAGAGGACACGGUGGGGAUUAUGUUCUUAUGUCCAAUAUUCUUGUUGGUGUUGAGAGAUUUAAGGACGCGCAAAGGUUGAGAGAUAUGAUAGAUAAAAGAAUUGCAUUUAAACUUCCUGGCUAUAGUAUAGUCUAAAUGAUAUGAUGGAUGAUUUUUGUUCUGCCUUUUCGAGUUACUCAAGAAAGAGAUUACCUACAAUUAAGUUUA